GUCACGUUGGGUGGAACAGGCAGCGAGUAUCUGCUUACAGCUGCUGUCAGAUAUCUGAUCACAUUCGCAUGGCGAGGAGGUAACCUGAGAGAGCUGGGAGGAGUGACUUUUACACAGAGGGUUCAACAAAAAAAUGUCUUCCUCUUCUGCCGGAGUAGUCACAAGAGCAACAGACAUCAAGAGAGAAAAUGUGAAAGAGGCGGAAAAGUGCAUCAGGCUUGAGGCGCUGGACGCGGCGGAGUUGUCCAUGGAGCGCGCUACUCCCAACGCGGACGCGGUGCGGGCAGAGCUGCUGGUGAGCGCCGCGUCCUCUCUGGCCUUUUCCCCGGAGCAAGUGGCAUGUGUUUGUGAGGCACUGCAGCAGGGGGGCAACGUGGAGAGACUGGCCCGGUUCCUUUGGUCAUUACCGCAGAGCGACUUGCUUCACGGCAAUGAGAGCAUCCUCAAAGCCCAAGCCCUAGUCGCGUUCCACCAGGCGCGCUACCAGGAGCUCUAUAGUAUCUUGGAGAAUCAUAGCUUCAGCGCCACCAACCACACCUUCCUGCAGGAUCUGUGGUACAAGGCCCGCUACACCGAGGCCGAGAAAGCGCGGGGGAGACCCCUGGGCGCCGUAGACAAAUAUCGGAUCCGAAGGAAAUACCCUCUCCCCAGGACUAUUUGGGACGGAGAGGAGACCGUGUACUGCUUCAAGGAACGUUCCCGAAAUGCGCUCAAGGAUCUAUACAAUCAAAACAGAUAUCCGUCUCCGGCCGAGAAGAGAAACCUGGCCAAGAUCACAGGACUCUCCUUGACCCAAGUCAGCAACUGGUUUAAAAACAGGAGACAACGGGACAGAAACCCUUCCGAGGCGCAGUCCAAAAGUGAGUCAGAUGGGAACCACAGUACUGAGGAUGAGUCCAGUAAGGGUCAGGAGGAGCUGUCUCCAAGACCGCUGUCCAACUCCUCAGAUGGAGUGAUAACACAUGGAACCCUGCCUCUCCAGACGGGAGGCUUGGACACUGGGAUGGUAAUCCAGCAGAUUGGGGACAUCAAGGCCUCACCCGGUUCGACCAGUGGACCUCUAUAUAAUGGAAGUUUGGUUAGCAGCAACAACUCCUUCCACAAUGGUUCCUCAUACCUGCAUUCACCAGGAAAUAUACUGUUCAAUGGACUUAGCCUGGGCAUUCAACCUUUGCCCUUCAGCCCUCUGCGACCCUCUGGGGGGGUGCUGCUGGGAAGCUCUGGAAUGGACAUGCACAUGCAGACAGGCCAAGACAAAGCUGAGGAGCCUGCUCUGCAAUAUGGCACAUACACAGGCUGUGUGAAUGGAACUGAAGUAAAGCUGGAGAGCAUUCACAACAUGGGCUCUCAAAACGGCCCCUCCGCACUCUCUCUGGGGGCAUACAGCCUGGUGCCGGUGCCCAGUGCAGUAACAGAGAAUGACAGCAGCCCUCUCCUUAGCAGUGACGUGGGUCUCUCUCCGCUACAACUGUCCUCCUCCUCCACUGUGGCUCAAGCCUCUCUUCCUCUGAACAAUGUGUCAGUGUCUUCUUCCAGUGCUGAGAUGACCCUGGCGUCCCUCCACCACGGCACAGUUCUUUACAGCAUGGGCCCCAGCUCUCAUGGCUCCAUCAAGAAGGAGCCUCUGGACAGCAACGUGUUCUCCUCAUACCACCCCACCCUCCAGCUCGAGCACGGCACGCACAUCAGCUACAGUGGCCCCGGCCCAGACCAGGGGGCCCACAGUCAGGGGCCCAUCUCUACCUCAGAGGCCGCAGUGGUAAGCUCCAGCUCUGAGCCUGAAGUCUACACUACUCUGACUGUGAGCACGCCUUUGACGGCCCACAGCGACCACCUUCAGUCUGCGGAGUACCUGGGGGGCCCCGAGGUCAGGGCCACACAUCUGAUCAGCUCAGGCAAUUACAUGAACUUGUCUGACAGUAAGUCGGAGGACUCAGGGGCCGUGAGUGAAAUGGUGCGGGUCAUGUGCGGGGAAUCUGUGGAGGGGAAGGAGCUGGCCAAACUCCAGACUGUGCAGAUGGAGCAGGACAUGGCUGACCUUUGACCUCACAGACAUUGCCCACCCAGCUCUAUAUUUGUGUGAGUGUGUGUGCGUGUCAAUUGAUUUUUUUCUUUCUCAUUCUUAUUUUAUGAAUGUUAAAUUAUUUGCAAAUGUUGUUAUCAUUUGACAGUUACAAUGCACUCUAUACAAAGACAAGCCUUGAGUGUGGACCUUAGCAUUUUAGUUAAAUGAAAAUGCAGUGACAUAUUAAAUUCAAACAUUGAAGUUGUUUGCUACUACAGUGGAAAAAGCCUGCCUCUGUGUCCGAGCCACGGUUAAAUGUACAUUUUUAUAGACGACACCUGUUUCUUCCUGUUGAGUGGAUGUGAUGUGUAGGAGCAGGUGCUAGAAUGCCUUAGGUCAUGUGACUGUCAUGUUCCUUCAAACUAAAUGCAUCAUCUGCGUCACACCAAAAAGGUCAUUUGGAAUCUUCACACAAGUUUUAUUCCCAAAAGAGCAAAAGGGGGUUUGAAAUAAGAAAUUAUGUGCCUUUCGGUUUCUUGGCAUUUGCACUAAACACAUGGCAGUGGUCAGAAUAUAUUAUAAAGUAUGUUUGUGCCUUUGACUUUGGCGUUGUGAAUAUUGUGAAUGUCAUACUCCGCCUCUUCAGGAAGUCAGGAGUCAAGCUUUAACCUCACAAAACAAGACAGACAGAACACUUAAGUCAUUUAGUUUGGAAAUUACUUAAACUGUUAUGUUUGUUAACUAAAAUUAUGUGAAUGUAUUUUUCUAAUCCUCCACACUGCAAUAAAACUUUAUAUUUAUAAAAAAAAAAAAUACAAUUAUAAAGGUAAUCUGUACAAUGAUAGAAGUGUUUAGAAGAUGUAUUUUUGAUUGAAAUCAUUUGAUAACAUUUUGUGUGAAAUAGACUGUAGAAGUGGGUGAGUGGUGGAUGGCUGUGAUGGGUUACACAUGCCUUGCAACCUGGACUUCAUUAGCCUUCCUUCUCUCGUCCAGCCACUGUAAUUCAAAUAAACAGAAACGAGAUUUCCAGAGGUACAGCUCUUUUGGGUGGGGGGUCCAGCCCAUCGGGUUUUCCCCGUGAAGGCCGCACUCCCUAUUUCUCUUAGAUUUCAUUAAGAACAUGCGGAUAAGCUGUCAGUCACAUCCCCCUCCAAAACAUUGUACAAACUCGAGCCCAUGAAAGACGAUGCAUAUGCAGUAUGUAAGUGCCUGUAGCUCAGACCAGCCUAGAGAGAGCAAAGUGUGGAUUAAAGACAGACAGGCCUGUGUGUGUCGCUCUGAUGCCCUAAAUAAACAGUGGCUGUUUGUCUGUGCUCACCGUGCAGGAGGAGGAAUGGGAGCGACUUAGCGGGAACA